ACGAGAACCAGUGAGGACGCAGAGGUUUAGCUUAGGUGACUUAAGGGGAUGUUGAAGUGAUUCCGCACUUUUGGCACCUUUUUGACUUAAUCUGAAUAAUGGGAUACUGUCGGUCUGUACACAAAAGCCACAUAAUUUGUAUAUUACACAAAUGUUUUCGUGAAUUGACAGCUCUAGGAGCAAAAUGUGCCAUUCUGAUUGGCUCUCGUAAAUAAUCCAGUAGGAAAAAUGGUGUCGCGUGCCGUUGGCCUCAGUCUCCGUUAACUGUCCCAAGGCCCAACAUGAGGGUGCAAUUUGCAUUGAAUUCGUGUCGCCGCCCGCAGGUGAGAAAGCGGCUCGCGAGUAUGAAAGUGGAGGGCGGAGUGGCGACGACGACGACGGUCCUCCACAAGGUCAAGGUCAAGGAAGAGACGAAGGAAUGCUGCGGCUACCAGCAGGCCUCGCCAUCGUCCACGUCGGCGGCGGCCACCGCGACCGUCGCGACGCUCACCGUCUCGGCUGCGACGGCGAUCACCACGACCGUCACCAACAGCAACGGCGUUUCCACCGUCAACGCGAAUACUUCCGCGACCACCACGGUCGUCGCCGCCGCCGCCGCCGCCACCCCCGCUCUGCAGUCCCCCGGUAUUAUCUGCCAUCCGCCGACGACCGUCUCCAACACCGUGGAAUCCUUCCCGGUCGACCUCGACCUCAAGGCCAAGAGUAAGGCGUCCUCCGCGGCGCGGGAGAAAUCUUCGCGGGAGGAAGCGGUGCAGCCUGAGGCGCACUCGCCCUCCUCUCAGCAGCAUCAAAGGAUCGGUCAGCAGAAGCAAACGAACGGCCCUCGAUCGGAGUACAAAGGCGCGUCCGGUUGCUCCAGGUCUUCUGACAACGACAGCCCUUUGCCCUCGCAAUCGCUCAAGCCCGAGCUCGAGGAGGGUGCACCAGGGGCUGCGAAUGCCGGGCCCAGGACGACGGACGAGCAGGGCGACGGCGCCGCGCUGGCGAACGGCACCACCGGUGCGUCUAGAUGCGUCAGCGGCAUCUUCGCCGGACACGGCAAGCUCAAGAGGCUGCUGGGCACCCUGGUGCAAUUCGCGACCGACAUCUCGGCGGACACGGGCGACACGGUGCGCACGCUGGUGCUCGCGCUUCUGAGCGGCAGCAUGACCGCGGAGGAGUUUCACUCGGCGCUACAGGAGGCGACCAACUUCCCGCUCCGAAGCUUCGUCUUGCCGUACCUCAAGCACACUCUACCCUCCUUGCAGAGGGACCUGAGCAACGCUGCCAGGGCGAAUAAUCAGAGCUGCGUGCAGUUCCUACGAUCCAACGAGGCCGCCGUUCUCGAGGCCGUGGGGCUGGUACCGUCCGGCGAAUCCGUCGAGGUCUUCGGCGAGCACGGGGGUGCGAACGGGAUCGGCGGCGGUAAUCAGUGCUCCGCUCAUUACGCCAUGCGCUCGAAUUCUAAUCCCGGCGUCGGCGCCAUUCAGCACGCGGUGGGCAGUAACGCCGCGGGCGCGCUGCACCAUUAUCCCGGCGCUGCUCAUGCACCGAAACGCCGUGCCUCCGACACCCCAUACUAUGAGAACGGUGUUCUUCCGGACGAUAUGCCGGUAUACGGCAAGAGAUCCGUUAAUCCUUGGAGCCACCACCAUCAGCAGCAGCAACAGCAGCAGCAGCAGCAGCAACAGCAACAGCCGACGGACCCGUCCUACUGCUGGUACCAUCCAUUGCACUCCUCGGGCGGAUCGAUUCAAGGUCACGCGCACGGCCACGGUCACGGGCCGAGUCCGGUGCCGCCUAGUCUCGUGCAGAUUAAUCAGAUAAACGCGUUCUCCGCGCCGCAUCAUCUGACUCAGCAGCCGCAGCAGUCGAUGGGCCACGGCCUGCAGACGCAGAACGGCAGCCUCGACGACGAGUGGAAGAAUAUCCAUGUGAUGCUCAACUGCAUCCUGGGCAUGGUCGAGAAGACGAAGAGAGCGCUGGCGAUCCUCCAGCGACGGGGAUGCUCCAGCCCGGCGGCGGCGGCGGCGGCGGCGGCGGCGGCGCCUCUGCCAGGUGUAGUCGCGGCGCAGAAUGGCACCAGCAAUAACGGCAACAAUAACGGCAAUAAUCCCUCGUCGACUAACGGUGUGCAGGUCGAGUCGUCCACCGGCGAUCGAGACGGCAGUCUGAAGCGACUGUCCGGCGAGAUCGUCGCGCAAACAAUCAGGGUGACCGAGGACAGGGUAGCCGAGGUGAAACGAAGAGCCGAGGAAGCUGUGUUAGAAGUGAAGAGGGCUGCAGUGGCGGAGGUGCAGCGCGCCGUAGCGGUUGCGGUUGCGGAGUCGAGGGCGAACGAACGUUUGAGGGUUCAUCGAUUACUGGAUCUUCCUCUGUCCCAAAGAAAUCCGGGCAGCCUCCGCCAGGGCCCUUUCCUGAGGGUUCACGGAAAUUCGGGCGCGGUCGAGGCCAGCGCCAGAAAUGUUACGACGCCGACGACGACGCCGAAUUCGGCGCCGUCGACCACUGAAGAUGAGAAGGACAUCCACCUCACCAGCAUGAUGGGAUCCAGCUGUUGGAACUGCGGCAGGCCCGCUCUGGAGACCUGCGGAGGAUGCGGGAUCGCCCGGUACUGCGGCUCCUUUUGCCAACAUCGCGACUGGGAGGCCGGUCAUCAUACGACAUGUAACAAUCUGCCGCCGCGCGAACCGCGGAGAUCAGCGUCGCGCAGUCCGCCGAGGGUCGCUGCCGCGAAUCUUUCUACGAGCGUCAACGAGGUCGACGCCGCGCCGGUGCCGUCCGCCGGGGUCUCGAAGGGGAAGUGACGUCGCGGUAUUAGGAACAACCAGCGUUCAAUUAGAUCGAUCGACUACGAGUCGCGCUGAUCGCGCGUCUCCCACAGACUCUCCUCUGUAAAGAAUGUAUGAAUUGAAAUGAGCCGAGAGGAACUCGUUUCUGUAAAACUGAAUGCCUGAUCCUCGAAAUCGGGGGGAUGACUUGAAAUUCUUGGACGUUCGUUCGAUCCCUUCGUACUCUGAUUGUGUCUCCGUAAGAGUUAAGACAAAAUGAAAUAACGGAAGAAAAAGAAGAGCCGAUACUUAAUUUUGAUAAUUAGGUAUUCAUAUGUUCACAAGAUAAAUUCCUGCGCCAAUUCUUUGAAUUCAUUCACCCGUCUACAGUGUUUUCGCCGAUCAUACAUCUUCUGCGUACACUUAUCGUUGUGUCCCUUCCUUUCCGUAAAGCUGACCGGAGAUUUCUUUUGUAAUAUAUCUGGAUACGUGAGUGAGAGUAUCAAGAAGAAUUUCUCUGAUCCAAAAAAGCAACGAAAUAAUGACUGAAAAAUUUCUAGUAGUUAUCUCGUUGCUUUUUCACAAGGGAUAUAUCUACGAAAAAAUUGAUUAUACAAUUGUCAAGGAUGCCUGAUAAUCGAACUAGUAUCAGAAGAUACUAGUUCCAUGAUCAGUUUAUUCGCUGAAUAGAUCUCUAAUCCCGGCGUUUCAGUCAGUUUAAAAUUCGCGAUGACAAAUAAACUUCACGAUUAUUUAAUCAAUUAAAAAAUGGGAAUAUUCGAGUAAUCGAUCAACAGAUUUGAUACGUUCUUAAUCUUUCGGUUAUAUUAAAAUAGCGUUACUCACACACGAAAGUUGAAAAGACGGCUGAAGGAUUGGAGAAUCUUUGGAAGAUUUGCGUUGCUCGAGUGCGAUUCGAGUUUAAACUUAAUAUUUUAACAGUUUUAACCGAUUCACUUUAUACCGUUAGCUAACAACCAAAAAUAGUCAAUGUGAAAAAUGCACGAUAGCGAAAGGCGAGUAAACUUCUUCGAUUGUACGCUUCGAAUGAAAGCGCACGACAAAGCCGUCUCAAGAUUUUACCGAUUAAUGACAGAAAACGAAUAACUGAUUUCACAAGUAGCGUAAUCGAUCUUAUGAGCGUUUGCGUUUUCCUGAUAGAUAACGCCGGCGAGAUAUGCAUAGUAUUGUCGUAAAUGUACACGUUUAUCAGCAUCGUGCCAGAGCCGUUCUCCUCCAUCGAGAAUCGCAGAUUUCCAAUCCAUUUAUUAUCUAGGAUUAAACCAAACAAUAGAAAUAAUGCGUGUCUUAAACGAUUUCUGCAAUUCCGAAAGAGUAAUAGAUAACCGUGAAUCCGAUCAAUGAAUCGCAGAUGUGCGCUUCGCAUUCGUUCUGAAUCGAUAUUAGCGGUAAAUGUAGCGUUACGAAAAUAACUCUCCCAUUAGUGUUAGACGUUUCUUCAUUUCGCCGUUAACAAGUUAAAUUCUUCAAUAUACGCGAAGCAGGGCUGAGAAAAAGAACGCGCUCGUCCAAUUAAUGGACUUCAUUUGGAUGUGAUUUAGAAGACGCGAACAUCUUCCUUCGCUUUAUUCGAAGGUAUUUAACGGGACGCAAAACUUUUACUGUUCUCGAUAUCAGUUGAAUCUACGAUGCAUGAAAUUAUGACAAUGCACGAGUUAGUUUCUCCUUUCCUCCUCUUCAAACGAUCGAGUAAUAUGUGUUCUCUCACAUUGAUGUAACUUUUUACUAUAUCUCGAUAUUACACCGCAGAAUAUCGUUGUGAAAAUAAUAUGUGUCGCAAGACGAAGUUGAUAUAUACAUGCACAGAACAAACAUAGCUACGAUACACACAAAAUGAUUUCAUUUUAUCACAUGUCUAUCGCUCAUCUCGAUGUUUCGUACACGAGGGACGAACCACAUCGAUUUUAUCCUAGUCAAUUGAUAGGUUUAACAAAUUGUAACGACUGUAAUGUAACUUGCGAGUCUCGAAUCCUUUACUUUGCGCGCACGCAUCUCAGGAUAUGAUUGUCACGUAUAUUUAAGUCUAGUCAACACGGGAAAGACGAAGCGGAUUUAUCGGUCAUACGCGUUAGGGAACUUUGCUCAAAUCUAGACUACGAAUUAUUGUAAUUUUUCCUAGGCACAUUGCGUUGCGGGGAUGUAUGAUGGAUCCUAUAAAGUGUAUUUAUAAACUAACGAAAUAUAUGAUUAUUCUAUGUCAGAAUGUAAGAAACAA